AUGACGUCAGAUGAACAAAACUCGAAGAACGAGAAAUUCCUGGAGAGGCACAGUAAAUACCACAUCAACGGAUACACAUACGGCAAUGGACCGGAUAUGCCGAUGUGCGCUGGGGAACGGGUCGCCGUCUACUUCAUGUCGCUCAACCUCGGGGUCCACACCAUACACGCCAAUGGCCUCAUGAUGACCAUCAACCGUAAACGAACCGACACGGCUGUCCUACACUCCGCGAGUUUCUACACCGGAUAUGCGACCCCGGUAUUUCCCGGACGCUGGCUUCUAUACUGUCGCAAUCUGUACCACUUUGUAGACGGAAUGCAGGCUUUUAUCAAUGUUGGAAAGUGUAACAGACCACAACACGUUAUCACAUCUAGUUUAGCAGUUCAAAAAUUAUCCAAAGCCCAGGUCGUCCGCACAUCUUACUUAGCUAUCGAGGAAAUUAUUUGGGAUUACGCACCAGGAUUGAAAUCAAAUUCUAGGGCAGCAGACAUACAUUUGAGAAAAGGACCUCAACGAAUUGGGUCUCGGUACAAGAAAGCGGUAUUCCGGGAAUAUACGGACAGUACAUUCACUGUAAGGAAACUGCGAAGCAAAUAUCAAACGCAUUAUGGAUUAGCUGGGCCACCAGUUGUCGGCGAAGUCGGCGAUAUAAUUGAGGUAGUCGUCACCAAUCUGGCUACCAGACCGUAUUCGUUUUUGGCAGGUGGGGUUGCAAUGACGAAAGAUAAUGAAGGAGCGUUCUACAAGAAUACACGUAAAGAUCCUCGUCGAAGUGGAGCUAUUGUUCCUAUUGGUGCUGUUCGCGUUUACAAGUUCGAUGUUCUACAGAACAGUGCCCCCACUCAUGUAGACCCAGAUUGCUUGACCUACCCCUACCAUUCUGUCGUCGACGUACAAAAGGACAUAUAUUCGGGACUGUUUGGUCCCAUGGUUAUUUGCAAGCCAGGAACUUUGACCAAAUCAGGCACUCAGGUUUGUUCUAGGUUCUAA